CAGCGCUGUGACUCUUGACUCUAACACACAGAAGGAAUUACAUACAGCAUCGACGAACGUACAGUAUAACGUUUCCGCCUUGGCUGCGGUACCAUGAAGAUCUCGCAGAAAUCUCGGAAGGCGGCCCAACCGCAUCCUCAAGUGGCAGAGCUCAUCGAAAAGCUUGCGAACACGCCUGAAGGCGACGUUGCAGACGCACUUGUGAAAAUCGACUCGUGGAAAUGGCCACGAUCUGACCUGAAUGCUUGGGUCAAUGUCCUCGACAAAUUCGAUGCUAUCCUGGCAGAUGCCAUACGUGAUUACGACGUAGACAAGCUACAAUUAAACCCAUUUUCUCCAGCUACAAAGCGGUCUCUCUCUGAAAUUCUAAGAUUCGAGAGGCUGCUUUUGGAGAACUCCACCAAUCGCAAAACCUUCAACUCCUAUGAUAGGCUAACAAGCCUGAUGGCCACGUCCGAUCUUGACAUUUUGAUAUUGGCACUCAAUCUCCUUUUGCGCCCUGCGCAACAGUACUCGGCUCAGCCAGCCGUGUCCGUUGUGCUGAGCAUAUCCACACCGCGGUUACUCUCGCUCUCCAAACGCUGGCCCAAUGUGCACGAACAUGGGAUUAGCCUGGUAGACCUUGCCAGUCCACAUGGUCUGCCGAAAGUCAAUGUUCUCCCUGGCGAUGUCCGCGAGGUAAGUUUUGUGUAUUACAAAACUGACAACAGCACGAAGGAAGAGAAGCCGGAGGGCGAAAGUUCUGAAACUUCCGCAAGUGCUCGCAAAGCGCAAACUCCCAACCUUGGUCCAGUAAACAUACACGUCAGCGAGGAGACGCUCUCGAACGCGGAUGUGAUGAAGCUCCUGGCAGACAUACUGGAAGUCCACCCUUUAUCCAACGAUGACAAGUUUGAAGUUCUCUGUCGCAUUCGGGCCGCGAAGGCCCUCGUUACUGGCAACCAAGAUGUUCGGGAGAAGCUCGUUAUCGUCCGACUGCUGUCAACUGCUAUCUACUGCCACACCCACAGUGAAAGUCAAGCGACUUCUUCGUUGUUCCUAUAUGAACCCGAUUUGGCCACGCAUAUCGCGGAACUCUUACAACUCGAUCGCGGCGUUUCUACACAGGUCCAAUCUGCGGCAAUCGCAGCGUUAGAUUCUAUCGCGAGGUAUCGCAGCCGCAUCCAAGAGGUUUUAGCAGCCGUGAACGCUGGGGUUAAUCAUGGCAUACUAAUGGCCCUUCUCCGCAAGACAAUUCUUGAAGUCGGUGACCCUGAGUCUAAACUGCCGAACUCGUUUGUGGAAGCCUUACUAGCUUUCAUCACAUAUGUCGCUCAACACGCCGGCGGGGGCAACAUGGUCGUCGGUGCUGGCUUAAUACCUUUGCUUGUACAGAUCAUCGAGAAUCGGCUCGCACAGAGACUGCAGAUGGUAUCGAAGGCCAUGCAAUUGGUGGACAACGUAGUUUACGGAUACUCCAAUGCUUUUCAACUUUUCUCCAACGCGCGGGGUGUUGCCGCGCUUGUGGACAGAAUACAGCACGAGGUUGAUUUCGAUAUCGCGAUAUAUGGAAAUGAGAUCCGCUCUCGGGAAAUAUUCGGGUCUUACGGUGAAUUGCCCGUGGCCCGCGCUGCAGUCUUGAAACAUGCACUUCGAUCCAUACAUCGAAUGAUGCAGUCUUCGGGCACUUCGGAGGGCCUUCGAGGGCUAAUCGAUUCGUCAUUGUUGCAGUCGGUCAAGAAGAUCAUGGAGUACCGAGGUUUAUUUGGACCCAGUGUGCUUCCGCUUGCAAUGAAUAUCAUGGCGACAUUUGUGCAUAACGAGCCAACGUGCCUUCCGACAAUUCAAGAGGCGGGACUUCCGCAGGUGUUCUACCAGGUUAUUGAGGCUGGGCUGGAACCUUUUAUUGAAGUUAUUCAAGCCAUUCCGAACGCUAUCGGUGCUCUGUGUCUGAAUCAAGCUGGCCAAGACCAGUUAACGGCUCGCCCAAGCAUCAUUCCAGGCAUUUUCUCUAUCUUCACUUCGGAACGUCAUUUGAAGGUCCUUCGCGACAAGGAAAACGCAGUUCUGAUUGGUACUUCUAUCGAUGAACUUAUUCGGCACCAUCCUUCAUUGAAGACACCCGUGUUCGAUGCCGUCAAGUCCACUUUGAGCAAGAUAGAAGACGCAGGAAAUGCAUUUAUCAUCCCUGAAGAUAAGAGAGAGUGGUACGAACUACUUACUGUGCAGGCCGCCGAAGAGAGCACGGCGGUAGUGAUGGAGGGUGUUGAGUCAGAAACCCCUCAAGGCCCUGCAUCGCUUUUGGAGGAAGAUAAUUUCACACAGGAUACAACACAGACAGAUCAUGACAACAACGUUGUCAUGUACAUCGAUGUUAUUUGCAGAUUUUUGGAGGGUCUUUUCCAGCAUCCACAGCACUGCAGAGAUUUCAUUAACACUGCGGAUGGUCUCGAUCGUGUCGGUAGACUCACUGCACUCCCUUGUCUACCAUAUGAUUACGCGAACAGCGUGGCAUCUGAUUCCCUGGUUCAAGUUAUCCGAACGAUGGCUGAGAUUGGACCCAAUGACACGUUGUCUUACCUUUCGAAGCUCGUUGACACGUCUCUUCAUCAGACGGAGGAGUUCUGGAAGUCCCUAGGGCCCGAGUCCAGGUUAGCACCCAUGCUAAAGCUUAACGGUGACCAAUCCCUCGAAGUCAACCAACGCUUCCGGAAUUUGGUCGUACUCCACAUACGCGUGACUCUGAUGGCGGACGUUUUCUCUACAACUGGUUACGCACACGGCCGUUCUGCCAUUGGUCUGUUACAGACGUUAGUGACGGACCCGCCAAAGGUAGUCACCGACUUGGGCUCCUUGCAUCGCGCGUUUGUUUGGGAGAACAUCCUUUUCAAAGCCUAUAUCGCUUUGGAGGGUAUCGAACUUGGUAUAAGCGGAGGAGCAUCGCCUCUUGAUAGCUCCCCUAAUCACCUGCCUAUCUCUCUUCCAGAAGCCGGCGGGGGUGCCACUGUUACUAAUGGUGUUCAGUCAGACUCUGCCUUAGGUGGCUCUUCUGGCUCUGCUAGACCAAUCAAGGAGACCGCCAAAGAUAAGAAUGCGAAGGCCCUCAAACACCUCACUCAUGGACUCCCUAACGCAUUGGCUCCCUUCUUCCAAGCCAUUGUGAAAUUGUUUUACGCGAGGCGUAACCCCGACAUGGCACAAAAGAAACAGAUAUUAAGUGCAGCAGAUGUCGUAGCGGGGAUUAUGAUCGGUCAUGUAAAGCAAGAACUUACUAACGAUACACUGCGAUGCCUCGAUUACUAUAACGUGAUGUUGGGCAUGAUGACCUCUCUUCUGGUGGAUGAACGCACGAUGCAGAGCACUCUUCACACAGUGCUUUUGCUUGCUUUCCAGCGAAUGAAGGGGCUAGAGGCAAUAUUCGGAGUAAUCGAGAAGUUGAUGGAGUCCGUUGAACGCGUAACGCGCGUUGCGGCCAGUGACCGUACGGAGUUGAUGGUCCAGGAAUUAGUGCGCGCACAUGGGGGUUUGAAAGUUGCAUUACAUCUUCUGCGUCCUCUCAUCUCAUCCAAACCCUUGAUCGAAUCUGGGCAAUCCAUGGCGAUGACCACUCGGGACAGAAGAGAUACGGAUCGUGGCUAUUUUGAACCUCAUCACUUCCUCGUUACCCUUCGCCUUGCUGUAAUCCCCAUUGUUCGCAACAUCUGGGAAUCCGCAUGGCUACGCACGGCCCCGCUUACACUAGUCAAGUCUGUCAUCCACCUCGUCCUUGAACUUACGUUUGGGGAUAAUGAGGAAUCGAAGCCUGAUACCGCUGGUGAAAGCAUUCCUGGGUCGGGUAUCGGCAUUGGUACUGGGUUCCACAUUCGGACAACUGGACCGGAUGAGAACCGCAUACGCCAAUUAACUGACAUGGGCUUUCAACGCUUGGCAGUGGAGCGAGCACUCGCUCGUACUCGUAACAAUGUCAAUGCUGCCACGGAAUUACUCCUGUCGCACCAGUUCUUGUUCCCUCCUGAACCGGAACCGCAGUAUGCCGAGGCAGCGACAUCUACCGAUGCCGGCGGUCAUUCUUCAACAGAAGGUGGUGAGAAUGACGGUUCUGCGAUGCAGGACAGUGGAGUGGACGCAGAUGAGCCCUCAGCUCAGGAACAAUUGGUCAAUACUCCAGAAGCUACUAAGAGCUUUGAGGAGCUUCGCCGAGAACUGGAUACGGCUCGGGAACCUCUCAGGACCGAACUCACAAGCCGGGCACUAGUACUGGUUGAUGAGCACCCUUCUUUGAUAUUUGAUGUUAGCAAGCUUUUCGUGCAGCCAUCCGCGGACCUUCGCGAACACUCCGUACGUUCGCUGAUCGAAGACAUUAAGGCGUACUCUCCUGGUGCAUAUGAUGUUCAGGAAGAACCGCUCUUCAUAAGAUGCAGGUUAUUGGCGUUGGCCUUGUCUGAAUGUCAGUCCUUGGAACCUGCUUUAGGGCGAGGUUUGAUGGAUAGUUUGCUCGCCCUACUGCUCUCGAAUUCCACGACCGUCGAACCCGAACACAACCUCCCAAAGUGGCUUGCUCCCCACCUCCUAGUCACGGAAGCAUUGUUCAACAUCGGCGACCAGCCCUCGUCUAUCAAGCUCCCAAAAGAAGGUGACCCGAUAGAAUUGCAGGAGCUGAAAGUCGGGCCCGCUUAUGCCGAAGCACGCUCACUUCUCCUUGAUUUCUCGUUCAGGUUGCUUAGCCUGUCCAGCCUACCACGCGACGAAUUCUUGGCGACCUUGCGUUUACAGGUCGUGCUUACUCGAGAUCAUUCGAUCGCCUGUGAAUUUACAAGGCGGGGGGGUCUGCCAUUAAUAUUCAAGCACCUCCAAGGACACGCUGGGCCCAGUAGCUACUCCUACAUCGCCAUCAUCUUGCGACAUGUCGCAGAAGACCCUAACUCGCUUCGCAACCUCAUGCGUCAGGAGAUCAAGCGCUUUUUCUCCCAACCUCGCACGCGUGUUAUUGAAGCAUCUAACUACCUACGAAACACUAGUGCAGCUGCACUUAGGGACCCUAGGCUUUUCAUCGAUAUUACAACGUCGGUCUGCGAGCUUCAGCAACCCUAUGAUAUUUCCCACCAUAUCGGGCUGAAGUCCAAUGCACUUAGUGAAUCAUCAUUGCCGAAGGACGACUCCGCGAAGCAGGUUGAAAUGCAAGUAGAUUCUACAUCGCCUGAUGUCCCUCAAGUUGUGACAAACGAAGCUUUGGAAUCAAUGGUCCACUUCCUUGUUGCCGAGUUGAUGAAGUGCCCUAAGGCGGCUUCGAACACAUCCGGCGACACGUCUGUGCUUCCCCCAACUAAGGAAGCUAUGGAAGCAACGAAUGAAGUUGCAUCGACGGAAAGCACAGCUCAGGUCUCGGACCAAGAUACUUCCAGCCAACAACGCUACCUCUAUUCUUGCUUCAUCAUGCAAUGUCUCACCGAGUUACUCUUUUCCUACGACUCCUGCAAGAACAUUUUCUUGUCCUACAAUCCCAAGAAACGCCUACAAACUCCUUCAAAAGAGCCUGGAGUAAAGUACAGGACAGCUGUCCUUCACUUUUUCUUGUCCGAGCUGUUGACUUAUGGGACGAUAUCAACUCAACUCAAUGAUGCCGCCAAAACCCGUCUCACACUCUGUGGUUGGGCUAUGUCAGUGAUUGUGGCGCUGUGUGUUGACAGUUCUUCGGGAUCAGACGUGAAAGACGUACCACCAGAUCUUGCAUCAGUACGGAAAUUUGUACUGGAGGCGGUCAGCCGCGCCAUCAAGGAAAUGCCCGCCACGGAAUCAUUGGAUAUGCGAUAUGGACGUCUGCUCGCCCUUGCAGAUCUGUGCAAUCGCCUCCUGAUGGUGCGCUGCAACCCCGGUAGUCGCAAACCCCAAGACGAGAGCGCCACCCACAUUGCCAAGAUCAUGCUGGAGAAAAACUUCGUGUCCACAUUGACUAGUGCUCUUUCAGAAGUUGAUCUCAAUUUCCCUAAUAUCCGUGGGCUAGUUGCGUCUAUCCUCCGACCGUUGGAGAAUUUAUCCCGGAUUGCGAUCAAGAUGAGCCGUGCUUCGGACAAAUCUAAAGGCGGUGCCGAAGGAAAGGCAGAGACACCGGGAGAUUCGUCAGACGGGGAAGAAGAUGAGCAAGAUAUUGGCGUAGAAGAUGACGCAGGCCGUGAAGAGACCCCAGAUCUAUAUCGUAAUUCUGCGUUGGGAAUGUUCGGAGGCGUAAGUAUUGUAUCGAACCUGAUUGCUGUGACUCAUUCCGGCCAGGAGAUGGAUGACGCGAAUUACCCUCCAGAUAAUGGAAUGGAGGAAGGAGAAGAAGAAGACGAAGGAGACGUCGACAUGGAAUAUGGCGAUGAGACGGAUAGCGAGGCUACUUCGCCUUCAGAUGAUGACGAUGAUGACGAUUCAGGAGAAGCAGAUGACGUGGAGGACGAGGAGUCCCAUGAUGGAGAAGACAGUUGGCAAGAUGAGGACGAGGAGUAUGGCGAGGAUCGUUUAAUCGAGAACGACGACGAGGGUGACGACGGUGGUGAUGCUGACGCUGACCAAGAACUUGAUGCGGACAUGAUUUGGCAGGAUGUACAUGGGGAUAUUCCACAAGGGGAGGCUGGAGAAGAAGGCGAAGAUGAGGACGGCGGUGUGCCGAUUCCCGUGGUGCACGAAGAGCAAGAAGAUGAACCGGACAUGUCUGAUGAUGACGAGUUCCGAGGCGAAAUCAUGGAUGCAGGUGACGUUGGUCCAAUGCCCGGUGAAGAUAUCCUGACCUUUGCCGACGCGUAUGAAAUGGACGGAGUAGAACUGGAUGGAAGGGAUGGCAACUUCUUUUUGUCUCGUAGGAAUCGCGCUGGACCCGACGAGUUACAGAUUUUCGGCAGAUCUCGAAACGCUCCACCUCCUCCUACUGAAGCUACAGUCCACCCACUUCUUCUAGAUGAAUCUGCAGGAAACAAUCGCACGUCCACAUCCUUCUCUCGAAACAUUAGACGUCCCCACCGCGGAAACAAUCACUCCCUACAAACCGAACUGAUUCAGUCGGUCGAAGAUAUCAUCGGUGGAGAUGCUGUGCAAGUCUUCCAGCAAGUUGUCCAUCGUGCCGCUGGUACUCGUGAGUCUAUCCGCGUAGAUGUGGCACCGGGUGCAUGGGUGAACCUUGAGCCGGGAGUAAUGCACCGCCUGGUGAUCCCUGGCGUUAGGCUCGAGCGUGCUCCUAGGCAAAGUGAUAAUCGGACCGACGUUCGUGGUUUGGAUCCCCUUCCCACAUCACAGAGGUGGAACGAAGAAGCUAAGAUACUCAACGGCAAGCACGUUACUGACCGAGCCAGCCAACUUGCCAACCACGUUGUACUUGCAUUGCUUCCGGCUGCUGUCGAAGCCGCAGCGACGAAGGAGAGGGAGGAGCAGACACUGCAAGCCGAGAUUAAAGCAGAAGAGGAGGCAACCAAGGAGCUCGAAGCUCAGCAGACAACGGUGCAAGCCGAAACCCACUCAGAAGUCCCCCAGGAGUCGCAAUCGGAACCCACACCUGUCCCUGCAGAAGAUGUCGAGAUGCGUGAUGUUACAGGCUCGGACCGCCCAGAGUUUGCCUCUGCCGAGGCUGAGGAAGCUGACACGGAGACUUUGAGUCCUGUUGCUGGUCCCUCCCAGGCCCCGGAGAGAGUCACCAUCACGAUCCAUGGCAGUGAAGUUGACAUCACCGAUAUGGGAAUCGAUCCGACGUUCCUUGAGGCCUUGCCUGACGACAUCCGCGAAGAAGUCAUAAACCAGCACGUCCGCGAUCAACGGUCAGCAAGAGUAGAGCGGCCUGCCGAUUCUCAAAUCAGCCCUGAAUUUCUCGACGCCUUACCUCCGGAAAUACGAGCAGAACUGAUUCAACAAGAACGUAUGGAGCAGGUCAGGGAGGCACAGGUGGAAGCACCGAGCAAUACUGGAGUUCCAGCAGAGAUUGAUCCUGCCAGCUUCAUUGCUAGUCUUGACCCUCAGCUUCGUCAAGUCGUUCUUCUGGAUUCAGACGACGGUCUGCUCCAGACUCUACCAUCUUACAUGAUCGCUGAAGCAGGCGUUUAUCGCGAUGAGGCACAAGCCGCUCGUAGGUAUCAGUACCUGGCGCGAGACGGUCAUCGGACUGCAUCUUCCCGGAACGUUCCGCCUCGCAAGCAACCCCCACCACGAGAUGCCAUUCAGCUCCUCGACAAAACUGGGGUAGCCAGUCUUGUUCGACUCCUCUUUUUCCCACAGAUUUUGAAGAAGAAUCUCCUCUUAAAGGUGCUAGUCAAUAUCUGCGAGAACUCGAAGACGAGAACCGAGCUCUUUAACCUCCUGCUCAAUAUAUUGCAAAGCGGACCAGGGGACCUUGCAACGGUAGAUAGAAGUUUCUCUCAAAUGACAACUCGCACACCGAAAGCGACAUCCCAGCCAACGCCGAAGGCGGCUGAAAAGCAGAGAGUCGCUCCGGAACCAGGCAGUUCGGUCGCACUAACCAACCAAAGUGAUUCGGUGCCGGAUUUGGUGGUCCAGCGUAGCCUUGAAGCCCUGACUUACAUCGUCAGUGCAAACGAGGUCUCAUCGCUUUUCUUUUUGACUGAACACGAGUUGCCCGCCGGGCUGAAGAAGCUCUCGACGAAGAAAGGCAAAGGCAAAGAAAAGCAAGCUCCUCAAACACACUAUCCUAUCGUUCUCUUGCUUGGAUUGCUGGAUCGUCAAUCUUUGUUGAAAACUGCUUCCAUUGUGGAUUCUGUUGUCACGUUACUGUCCACUGUCACAAAACCCUUGACUAGUCUCAAGUCAGACAAGAGAGAUUCUAGUAUCUCUGUCUCCAACACUGCUACUUCGGCAGCACCUGCAGUCCCUUCUUCGUCGACAGACACAUCCAUUAUUCCUCAAGCAGCAGCAAAUCGCACGGAUGGCAUAACGCCGGUUGUCGACUCGGGGGAGAACCCCACCAAGGAACACCGCCCGCCUGGUGAGCAAACCGACAAAGCGGUAUUGCUUCAAACCCCCCCUCAAAUUCCCCAUUCCGUCCUACGCCUCAUCGUUAAUAUCCUCACUGUUGGAGAAUGCUCCGCUCGUACCUUCCAGCAAUCUCUUACUCUCAUCCAGAAUUUAUCCCACAUACCAGAUGCACGAGAUAUAAUCGCACAGGAAUUGAGGACCAAAGCUCAAGAUUGUGGGCAAAAUAUCCUGUUCGACCUAAAUGACCUAUGGGCUGCCCUUCAGAGUCCAAAUAAAGAUGUCCUUGCAUCGUCCAUCGCGCCAAAAUUCUCAUCUCCAUCCUCUGAUCAAACCAAGCUCUUACGCGUCCUCAAAACAAUUGAUUACAUGUACACACCUCGCACCAGCGGCCCCACCACCGAAACGCAAAAGGAUCGAGAUUCAGAGAAGGUCCAAACUAUUUAUGACUCGUUCCGUUUCACUCCCCUGUGGCGCCGCCUCGGCGAUUGUCUUGCUAUCAUUGAAGACAAGUCUGACCUGGAGCAUAUUGCGACGGUCCUGCUACCUUUGAUCGAAGCCCUUAUGGUGGUGUGCAAAUACGUUGGGUCCAAGUCUGCUACCGGAAUCAUUGCCAGGGCACUGCGAGCGUCCGCAUCACCGAGGUCUUCCGCAUCUUCCAGCGAAACGAUGGAAGAGCUGUUCGUCAGCUUUACUGAUGCCCAUAGAAAGAUCCUUAACGUGAUGGUCCGCAAUAAUCCUUCAUUGAUGAGCGGAUCCUUCUCGCUUCUGGUUCACAAUCCCAGAGUCCUUGACUUUGACAACAAGCGCAAUUAUUUCACGCAACAGCUCCACCGUCGACCUCACUCCCGCGAGCAUCAUGGGACAUUACAACUCAACGUUCGUCGGGCUCGUGUGUUCGAGGACAGCUUUCAGUACCUUCAACGCAAGACUGGUGAUCAGAUCAAAUACGGGAAGCUCAGCGUCCGCUUCUACGACGAAGAAGGUGUUGAUGCCGGUGGUGUCACAAGAGAAUGGUUCCAAAUUUUGGCACGCCAAAUGUUCGAUCCGAAUUACGCACUGUUCCAACCAUGCGCAGCCGACAAACUCACCUAUCAGCCCAAUAAGAACUCGUGGGUCAACCCCGAACACCUUUCAUUCUUCAAAUUUGUUGGUAGGGUCAUUGGAAAGGCUAUCUACGACGGUCGUCUUUUGGAUGCGUACUUCGCGAAAAGUCUGUAUAGGCAGUUGCUCGGCAAGCCGGUGGAUCACCGCGACGUGGAGUGGGUCGACCCUGAGUAUUACAAUUCUCUGUGUUGGAUCCUGGAAAACGAUCCCACUCCAUUAGAACUCACUUUCAGUGUAGAGGCGGAUGAGUUUGGAAGGAACCGUAUCUUCCCUCUGAAGCCGGGUGGAGAGUCGAUCCAUGUCACUCAAGAAAAUAAACGGGAAUUUAUCGAGAAUCUCGUUUCUGGCUUCUACGACAUCAUACCGAAAGAUCUCAUCACCAUCUUUAACGAACAAGAACUCGAACUUCUCAUCUCUGGGACUCCUGACAUCGAUGUUGACGAAUGGCGUGCUGCGACGGAGUAUAAUGGCUACACGAGUUCAGACCCUGUUAUAGUCUGGUGGUGGAGGGCUCUGAAGUCCUUUAAUCGCGAAGAGAGAGCGAAAGUGUUGAGUUUCGCAACAGGAACCUCGCGCGUACCUUUGAAUGGUUUCACUGAGCUGCAAGGUGUCCAAGGUGUACAAAGAUUUUCAAUACACCGCGCCUAUGGUGAUCCCGACCGAUUACCGCAAGCUCAUACGUGCUUCAACCAGAUCGACCUACCGCAGUAUUCUUCCUACGAAAUGUUGCGCCAGCAACUGCUACUGGCCAUCAGUGAGGGUGGUGAAGGUUUUGGAUUCGCAUGAAAAUCUCAUAAUUAGAAUGAUACAUGUAAACCACUGCAAGCCGUAUUUACCGCACGUGCAUUACUUUCAUGGAUGAUUGCUUG